AUGCCACGACUAAAUCAAUUUACAUUUUCUAUUCACUCAUUCCUGUUUAUUCGUAAUGAAAUGAAUUUCUCAUCAACACAAGAUAUUCAACGUACAUUCAUUGACUUUCCAAAUAAUAUUAUUUCUUAUGUUGAGUUUUUGCCAGAGACAAAACAAAGUCUAUGUCAUAUUUACUCAUAUCCAUCUGUAAUGCAAUAUUAUGGCAUUAUUACAAAUAAUUUUCCAGGUGGAUUAUUCGAAUAUGUUCGUGUCAUCUCAUUAUUUGAUGAAUAUCCUUUUGAACAUGACUUUUUUCUUCGAAUUCAAAAAUCAUUCCCAUUUAUGGAAACAUUAUCUUUGAAUAAUUAUAAAUCACAAAAUGAUAAACAAUCUUAUCAAUCAAAUAAUGAUAAUCGAAAUUUAUCUCUUAUUAAAUAUUCUUUUCUUAAUGAACUUUAUAUUAUUAAUGUUCAUGAUGAUUAA